GGACCCAGCUGCGGGAUCUACUCUUUUUGAGAGAGAGAGAGCAGUGUUGUUAGAAUCGCCUGACUUUGCCUUGAGAAAAUCGGCAACUGACGUGAGGCAGCCGGUCGUGGGUUUCAUUUUUCAACUCCUGCUUUUCAGUCUCGAGAUUCAACCGAGUCUUCCCUGUCGUUCGCAGCCGUCAGCAGUUGCUGGUCGUCGAUCGGCGCCGGACGACCCAUCGCCGAGAUCUGUUGGUUAGAGGGCUCGACGGUCAAGGCCUGAGUGUGAUAUCUCGCCUUUUAUCUCUCCCCUCCCGGAUGCUAUUUCACAUUGGCCACCGGAAAAGAAGGGAGGGAGAAUAAUGGUGGUUUUCUGAGAAACCAGGUUGAGGAUUUCCAGGUGAGAACUGUAAAGAAAAGGGGUUGGAAGAUGAAGGAGAAUUGGGAGAAAAUUUGUGAUCUUGAAAGAAGAAAAAAAUAAUUUCGAGGAUCUACCACUGAUAUUUGAUGCUGGAGAAAGUGAGAUCUUGCCUUCAGCGAUGGACCUUAGAGAGCUCUUUCCCUGUUCAGAAGAGAAUGGGACCAGUGGGUUCCCAGCUGCAAAUUUUCAGGGCAGCUGGAUUCCAGAAACGCCGCUGAGACCUAUCCCGGCAAGGCGGCAGAUGGAUGAAGGUGAUGGCCAACUUCUCUGGCUCAGAAGAUUGGGAAUUUCUGCUACCCUUCACAAUCAGAGAGUCUUUGAGCAGAAUGCUGGUUCUGCAGAGCCUUCUUCUUCAGUGUCUACAAUAACAAGCCACUGGGACGGAGUUCAAGCUCUCAGUCUUCCAGCCGAGGAUGGUGCCAAUUGGCAGAGGCAGGUUUAUGGAAAUGCAGCCGCAGUAGGGCUUGGAUGGGGCUCUCAUGGAGCCAGUGAUGCUUAUAGCUUCACUAACUCAGGGUCCAUUCCGGGGAAUGUCUUGCAGUCUUCAUUUCCUGCAGUGUACCACCCUCAAAAUAGCAAUGGUUGGCACCAGAAUGAUUUCCAGCAUCUGUUUCUCAACGCGCCCCCUUCACCGACCAGUGGUUUGGGCCAGCAUACAUACGGCCUUGAGACCAGUGGGAGGAGCAAUGUCGAGACAUCGCAGAUAAACCAAUAUGGGUUUCCUUUUCCUUACAGAGCAACAACAUAUAGCAUCCAAUCACCUCCGUUCAAGGUGGCUCCUAAUUCAAGCACAAGCGAAGCAUUUUCUGGUCCUGUAGCCCCUGUGACACCGGAGAAGACUAUAGAGAAAGAGAAGGUAGUCGACAGCAGCAAAGUGGCACCUGCUGAUAUAUCUAAAUACAGUGAUCUUUUUACAGAUGAGAGGGUUCAUCAGGAAAGGCAGAAGGAUAGUCCAAUACCACCACCAAAGGUUUGCAAUGACAACCAAAAUGAAAGUGCUGUCAUUGAAAGUCUCAAGUCUCAUGUUGAUUCCCAAGAAAGCGUCACCCAUUCACCUGUGAGGGAGAGCAUUGAGUAUGGGAAGGCUGAUGCUGAUGGCAUAGACCUGAAUAAGACACCAAGGCAGAAACCCAAGAGAAAGAAGAUAAGACCUAAGGUGGUCAGGGAGGGCAAGCCCAAGAGGACGCCAAAGAAAGUGGAAGUGAAGCAGACGCCAGAGGGAACACCAGUAGAAAGCAAAGGGCGCUUGUCUACAGGUGGAAGGACAAGAAAGCCCCGAACUUCCAACUCCACAGAUGCAAGAGAAUCUGAUAGUUUGCAAAUUGAUGCUACCAGAAUUGCGUCCUGCAAAAGAUCACUGAAUUUUGAUUUUGUUGCUCAAACACUUAACGGUCAAGCCUGCCUGCAGCCAGAAGCCGGUAAAUUUGGUCCAUUGCAUCAACAUCCUGUAGAAGAAGAAAAAGUGACUGCAGAGGAGUUCACAGAACCUGCCACUUUUGAUCUCAACCAUUCCUUGAAUCAUGUACCAGAAUCACAACCUACACAACCCGAGAACCCUUGCACACCUGCUCUAAAGAGAAAAGCCUCAUCAAUAGGCUGUGUGGAUAACAUAGCUCAAAAGAAAAACAAUACGGUGAAUCUAGGGAUUAAGGAAAAUCAUCAAGAGAUUUUGUCAACUAUGAUGCACAAUCACAUCCCUACAAGCAUGACGGGGUACAAUCUCUUUCAUGUCUACAAUGCCGUUCAGAUGAAUGAAAGAAUGACGUCAACCACAUCAGAGAACAGCAGAUGCUCUGCUAAUGUGGAGACUAACCUCCAAGGACCACUAGCGGAUGUUGGACCUGAAGCUAGCCACAGGUCGUCCACAGGCCUAAUUCAGACACAUCUCAAGCAUGGAGGUGCUCUUCUGGAGUUCCUUCGGCAGCAUAUGAGGCAGACUCAUGCAAAUUUUGACAGUACUAGGAACCAGAACAUAGAAAUGAGGUCUCAUGAGCUCCAUCCAUAUUGGUCAUCUACCAGCAUCGUCCAAGAGCCUUGUGGUAGAAAAGCAGAAGGAUAUAGAGUUGUGAACACAAAUCAUCCGACAGUAAGCAACUGCGAGCAAGCGUUGGUCUCGCAAGAUAGUAAUAAAGAGGAAAAGCAAAAGGUAACAGAAGCAAACAAAUGCAUCCAUGAUGAGAACUCUUCCCCGGGAAGCAUGAAGCAGCAAAAUGAUGCAAAACAGAACCAUCAUGUUCAAAAUGUGUUGGAAUGCAAUAAUGUGUUUGGCCAGGUUGAAGGGAAGAGAGAACAAAGUUUGAAGAAAGAACCCAAUCACAUCCGUCCACAUUGCACUCUUUACUUUUCCAGCGCAACACCAAGCGGUUGCACACUAGAAUACAAUGAUUGCAGGCCCAACGCCUACCCAGAAGACCUGCUAGCAGCAAGCACUCCUGCCGAAAAGCCAAGAAACAAGCGUAUAAGGAAACGGUCUUCUCCUGCCAUGACGUCUGCACCUUCCAUUACUCUGGGUGAACAUGAAACUUGCACUCAUCAUGGUCAAGGUUCCCAAGCAGUAUCAACCAGUCAUCACAUCAGUAAACCUGGGAAUUUGGCAAUGUUUACAACGCAAUUUGUUAAUGACUGCCACAGUAGCAGUAACUUGCAAGACAAAUUGCUUAAAAGUUCUCCACCACAAGCAAUCCCCAGUACAGAUCCUUUAGAUCAAAUUACUCAGAGGUUGAAACGCCUUGAUAUUAGCAAAAAAGAUGCGAACUGGUCAGCAACGGUUCGAGAUGCAAGAGAUCAGAAUGCAAUUGUGCCCUACGUUGAUGGAACCAUGGUCCCCUACGUUGGAAGCUUUGAACCUGUAAGGAGACGGCGUUCACGACCAAAAGUAGACCUGGACUUAGAAACAAAUAGAGUAUGGAACCUUCUGAUGGGAAGUGCAACCAGUGGAGGAAUAGAUGGAACAGAUGCUGAAAAAGCAAAAUGGUGGGAGGAAGAAAGGAAAGUGUUUCGUGGACGGGUAGAUUCAUUUAUAGCUCGAAUGCAUCUCAUACAAGGUGACAGGCGUUUUUCCCAGUGGAAAGGAUCAGUAGUGGACUCAGUUGUUGGCGUCUUUCUGACUCAAAAUGUCUCUGAUCAUCUCUCAAGCUCUGCCUUCAUGGCAAUGGCAGCACACUUCCCAAAGAAGGAAGCGACUAACUGUGCAACUCUCGACAGAAAAGAUAUUACAGUGCCUGCUUGUGUGGAAGACCUUUUCCCCAGAGAUUUGCAUGACAUAAACACAUGCAUGGAUAAACCUCCCUCCAUAGAGAAUGUUGAACCUGGUUCCACUUCCCUGAUGAUCCAAGACUCUAAAUAUAAAGGAUCAACUUCUCCGGCGAAUGUUGAACCUGAUUCCACUUCGUUGAUGAUCCGAGACUCUAAAUGUAAAGGAUCAACUUCUCUGGAUACAAGCAAUAAAAGUGAAUCUUGUGGAAGUACUGCACCAUACAAAAAAGAAGUGGACACCAACAUCAUAAAUCUUACUAGUGGAAAAGUACUUCAGGGUUCAUAUAACAAUGCAAAGUUUCGUCAAUCUGUUUCAGAAAGUAGGGGAAGAACAAUAGGACAUGAAGAUGGGAAUUUACAAUCUUUCUCUGCAAUUUCCUCUCACAACUCAACUGACUUUACUAUCCAGGCUACUGACCAGAUCUCAUCAAGUCCAGAGUCUAUUGCUUUUUCUGAGGAGUUUAUCAACAAAGGUCAACAAGUUGCUUUUCACCAGCCAUCCUUCUCGGAGCUUUUAAGCAUGGCUGAAUCGCCUAUGUUCAAGGAUUUGUAUUCAACAGGGGGUUUUAACUUGUUGCGUGAAGAUAACAUUGGUAAAGCAUGUGACCAUCUGCAGCAAGAAAACUGGAGAACUGAUGUUGGCAAGGGUGCAAGUUCAGGUUCUUCUGUUGAAACAGGCAAUAACCCUGUCGUACAUAAAAUUGCCAACAGUUUGUUGCCAGAAGCGACAUCCUGCAUCACAACACUAGGCACCAGAAUGCUCCCGCAUGGAAGCAAAACAGAUUUUCCAGUUGAAAGAUGUCAUGCUCUGGAGCCAACUAAACCAAAUGAAUUAUGGGAAUCAAACUGCAUAGCAGAACUUUCAAGUUUGAAUUCCUCAAGCAAAGCAAAAGAAGCAGCAGAUACGCAUUCCUUAGAGCACAAAGUACCAGCGAAUAGCCAAAGACCAAUGGGUAAACAGGUGGAGGUGAGUUAUCAGGGCAAGACCAUCGGAAAUGGAAACAAGUCUACAACAAAACCUUUGAGAUCAAACAAAGGAAAGGGUGAAGCACUCGGGAGAAAGGAGAAAUGGGAACCAUUACGGCAGCAGGUACUGAAGGAACUUGGUACUCAAGAGAGAAGCCCCAACAGAAAUGAUUCACUGGACUGGGAAGCAGUGAGGCGGGCUGAUGUGAAUGAAAUAGCUCAAACAAUUAAGGAACGAGGAAUGAACAACAUGCUGGCGAAACGAAUACGGGCCUUUCUGGAUAGAUUGGUUGAAGAUCAUGGCAGCAUAGACCUCGAAUGGCUCAGAAAUGUUCCUCCUGAUAAAUCAAAGGAUUUCUUGCUGAGCAUAAAUGGCUUAGGACUCAAAAGUGUUGAGUGUGUGCGCCUGCUGACGCUUCACCAUCUUGCAUUCCCUGUUGACACAAAUGUUGGUCGAAUAAGCGUGCGACUUGGAUGGGUACCACUACAACCACUACCAGAGUCACUUCAGCUGCAUCUUUUGGAACUGUAUCCCAUCCUGGAAACCAUUCAGAAAUAUCUCUGGCCAAGGCUGUGCAAGCUGGAUCAGCGAACAUUGUAUGAACUCCAUUAUCAGCUAAUAACAUUUGGAAAGGUCUUUUGUACAAAAAGCAGACCAAACUGUAAUGCUUGCCCUAUGAGAGGAGAGUGCAAACAUUUUGCAAGUGCAUUUGCAAGUGCACGGCUUGCCCUCCCAGCACCAGAGGAAAGAAGUAUAGUAAGUGCAGCUAUACCUGCAAUGGCUGACCGGGAAAGAGACAAGGUUGCCUUCCAGCCACUGCCUUCCCCAUUGGAACUAUUUCCAUCAAUUGAGUUUCCACCAAAUCAAAAGUAUACUAGCAUCAAUACAUGUGAACCAAUCAUUGAAGAACCAGCAACACCAGAACCAGAAUUUGUUGAAAGCUCUGAAAGUGCUAUUGAGGACUUUUAUUAUGAUGAUCCUGAUGAGAUUCCCACCAUCAAACUCAACCUCGAUGAGCUUACAUCAAAUAUAAAAACCUAUAUGCAAAACAAGAACAUGGAACUCCAAGAAUCAGAUAUGUCAAAGGCGUUGGUUGUUUUGACACCUGAGGCUGCUUCGAUCCCAACACCCAAGCUGAAGAAUGUGAGCAGGCUUCGAACAGAGCACCAAGUCUAUGAACUUCCAGAUGAUCAUCCACUUAUUGAAGGGUUGGACAAACGAGAACCAGAUGAUCCAUGCUUUUAUCUUCUUGCUAUAUGGACUCCAGGCGAGACUGCAGAAUCAAUUGACCUGCCAAGCACAUGCUGUGAAUUCCAAUCUUCAGGGGGGCUGUGUGAUAAGGAGACAUGCUUUUCAUGCAAUGCUAUUCGUGAGGCAAACUCACAAACAGUGAGAGGCACAUUGUUGAUUCCAUGUAGAACUGCAAUGAGAGGAAGUUUUCCACUCAAUGGUACCUACUUUCAAGUGAAUGAGGUUUUUGCAGACCAUGAGUCUAGUUUAAACCCCAUUGGUGUGCCAAGGAAACUCAUAUGGAAUCUACCAAGGAGGACUGUCUAUUUUGGAACAUCAGUAACAACAAUUUUUAGAGGUAUGACAACCGAGAGAAUUCAGCAGUGCUUCUGGAGAGGAUUUGUAUGUGUAAGAGGAUUUGACCAGAAAACUCGGGCACCACGUCCUCUAAUGGCCAGGCUACAUUUUCCAGCAAGUAAGCAAACCAGAAACAAAAAAGCAACAGCGAAAGAUUUGAAUGAGUAAAUAGCAACAAGGAAAUCGGCUGACAUAUGAACAACCUUUGCCAUAUUAACAAGCAUCUCCGGCGAAGGAAGCUGUCAUUUUACAACGAAGUUCAUUAAAGGGUUCUCCAAGAGCCCAAUUUGUCUUACCCAUUCAAGCACCUGCCGUGGAACAUUUGAUUUGUAUAUUAUUUAUUUUUCCAUCAUACGCUCUGUAACGAGCCAUUUAUAGUCCAAUCAGUGGAUGGGUUAGAAUGGUUUCUUUUUCUCUUUCGAUGAUGAGAAAACCUGGCAGGUUAGAUACCUCUUUAGGUGAGUUAGCAGGCAGUUAACAAUCACAUUGGAGUAUACCUCAAUUGAUGACAUUGUCAAAGCAUCAUCAUUUGUAUAAGCAGAACAAUAAAUCAAAUCACGUUCUAGCA